CUGGGAGCUUUCUCUUGAGGGACAGAUCUUUAGGAAAAAACAGAGUUUCGUGGGUUCUCUUACUAAUGGAAAAGUGUUUGUGAAGUUGGAGCCAUCAGCUCGUACUACAAUUCUCUGCAAAAGUCUUGCCUGGGGUAGUUGCAGCUGUUGUGAUUCCAGCUGUAUAGAGAUGCUGUCAGACGAUUUCCCCUUUUGUGCAGAUCACUGAAAGGCUACAGGAAGACAGCAAACCCCAUGUGCUUUAGCAGAAAUGUUUGGGCUUUAGGAUACAAGUGGGUGCCAGAAGAUGCUUCAGUGGUCAUACCUCUUUCACAAUGCAAGUUAUGAAUGAAAUCCAUUAACUAACGUCCCCUUCCUCACCCUGAUCUCCCAUAGACUUCCUGUAACGCUUGGAAGAAAGGGUCAGGGGAGAAGGGUUGAAGGUCACCAUGAAGCUAAAGCAGCGAGUUGUGCUGUUGGCCAUCCUCCUUGUCAUCUUCAUUUUCACAAAAGUUUUCCUCAUUGACAACUUGGACACCUCAGCUGCCAACCGGGAGGACCAGCGCGCCUUUCACCGUAUGAUGGCGAGCCUCCACGUGGAACUGGACCCCCGGCUCGACCAUACGCUGCAGUCCCCUUGGGAGAUUGCAGCCCAGUGGGUGGUGCCCCGGGAGGUGUAUCCCGAGGAGACCCCCGAGUUGGGGGCUGUUAUGCAUGCCAUGACAACAAAGAAAAUAAUAAAAGCUGAUGUGGGAUACAAAGGGACCCAACUGAAAGCUUUGCUAAUACUUGAAGGAGGACAGAAGGUUGUCUUCAAACCCAAGAGAUAUGCCAGGGAUUAUGUAGUGGAAGGAGAACCAUACGCUGGCUAUGACAGACACAACGCAGAAGUGGCAGCCUUUCACUUGGACAGAAUUCUGGGUUUCCGACGAGCUCCGCUGGUGGUUGGGAGGUUUGUGAAUCUACGUACGGAGAUCAAACCGGUAGCCACGGAGCAGCUUCUGGGCACCUUCAUGACUGUGGGUAAUAACACUUGCUUCUAUGGGAAGUGCUACUAUUGUCGGGAAACAGAACCAGCUUGUGCAGAUGGGGACAUCAUGGAGGGGUCAGUGACUCUGUGGCUGCCCGAUGUCUGGCCUCUUCAGAAACAUCGGCACCCAUGGGGUAGGACUUACCGUGAAGGCAAACUGGCCAGGUGGGAGUAUGACGAAAGCUAUUGUGAUGCUGUGAAAAAGACUUCACCGUAUGACUCGGGCCCUCGUCUCCUUGACAUCAUUGACACCGCCGUCUUUGACUAUUUGAUUGGGAAUGCUGACCGGCAUCACUACGAGAGUUUCCAGGAUGAUGAAGGAGCCAGUAUGCUCAUCCUCCUGGAUAACGCCAAAAGCUUUGGAAACCCUGCCCUGGAUGAAAGAAGCAUCUUGGCUCCUCUUUAUCAGUGCUGCAUCAUCCGGGUUUCUACCUGGAACAGACUUAAUUACCUGAAGAAUGGAGUACUGAAGUCUGCCUUAAAAACUGCUAUGUCGCAUGACCCCAUCUCACCAGUGCUUUCUGACCCGCAUCUGGAUGCCCUAGACCAGCGGCUUCUCAGCAUUCUGGCCACAGUGAAGCAGUGCACAGACCAAUUUGGGCCAGAUGUUGUGCUGGUGGAAGACAGGAUGACUCUGUCUCAUUUGUAAUUGUAGUGGAACACAGAUGAAACUCCCUUUUUAAAAACAAACAAAACAAAGUGAUAGAAAAACAGCACAAUCGGUUCAGAAAGGCUGUGGCCAAGAUGGACUGAAAUGAACAGGAAAGCUUCCGAGCCGGAGAAACAGAGGUGGCACUGGCUUUUACCUUGGGCUGACAGCGGUGAGAGGUGGCAAGUUGGAGCCUCGGGCGGCUCAGUACCCGUAAUGGCAUCUUGGCCGUUGUGCUGUGUCCAUUGCCGGCAGUGGACGUUGCACUGGAUAAAAACGGCUCUUGGUGUCGGUGGAAGCGUGCGGAACGUAGACGCCAAUUUGUGGACUGAAUCUAGAGGGGACAAAUGUUGACGAACAGUACGAUCCUCUCCCCUUCUCUUCCCCACAUACACUCUGGCGAGUUUUUGUCUGAUUCAGGGCUGUGCAUAAUCAGCUGUGAGCUGGUUAGGCAUUUUACUGCUUCUUUAGAGAGAGAGGAAGUGGUGAAUAAAACAAUUAUUAGACUGAAGAGUUGUGCCACCCCCCUGGGGGUGGGAUGUUCUUCUAAAUGCCAUUAGGGGUGGGAGAGAGGACCUCUGCUGCUCAGUUGUCUUUUCCUCGAUAAAAGGCUGGGAAAGGGGUUUGCCUUGUACGUGGUAAUGCUUCAGAGUUAUUGCUGAAGGCCUAUCAAAGAUUGAUCCACAGGGUUGGAGAUUCAGGGGAGGACAGGGUGGUUAUACAGCACUUGGCAUCUAAGGAGUUAAAGUAUGUUUCCAUGUGUUCCCGUUACUGUUUUCCAUUUAUAAGGAAUCUGGCAAGGUCUGAGUAGAGAAAAUACCCUUGCAGUCCUGUGUCCGUAUUAACCAAACUUUCAUUAUCUUGUAGCUGAGGAGGAGGAGGACAGAAUCUGUCCGUGGAAGCAGGUUCUGUUUCGCGAAGUCAUGCUGCUUACUGUGGGCCUGCUUUAAGGUGGGGGGUCUGGGGGCAUUGCACUGUGGGGGGAGAGGUGUAUUGCUGGGCUUCCCAGUAACCCACAGCUGUGGGCCAGGCCCUGGGGAGUGGAGGGAACCCUGAGCUGUGGUCUGGCUUCAUCUCGUACGCAGAGAGCACGCUGUUGUCCCCGCAGCUCCCUGCUGCUGUUAGUGGGGCACCGGCAGGUUUUUCAGUCCCACGGGUUUACCUGGUGGCUUGUGGCUGAGCUUGGCUGCUGCCAGAGCUUCCAGUAAGUUUUCUGCCUUUCCCAGCUGCUUCCCCUAACCCCCGCUGCCAUGUUCCGACUGGGGUGGGCAUUCGGGGUUCUCACUCCUAGCGGUUUUGCCAUAGAUAGGGGAGAGUUGGUGUAAGUUGGCUUUUCAGGGCAGACUUGUAGCACUUAUUUUGUGCUAGUCCUGUCACCCUUCGGCACCGUCUGCCUGUGCUGCAGGUGAGCUUGUGGCCGUAGGACCUGUCACACUUGUUGGUCUGAAUCCAUGUCUAGAAGGGAAGCAGCUUCGUGGUUACGUUUCCAAAUUGAACAGCUUUGCAUUAAUUUUCAGUUUGGACGGUGUGGUCCUUAGAAGCAGGAUAAGAGCUGACUUCCCAAAGCGAUUGUGUAUUACUGGACUUGUGAGCAAGAGCAGCAAAAUGUCACUUUAAGACCUUUUCCGUGAUUUGUCCGUCAAAAUCUUUCUAGCUCUGCUGUAGUGUGGUGGGCAGAUAAAGUGCUGUUCCUGUUCUUGCACCUGCCUGCUCAAAGGGACCUGAUCAAAGAGGAGUUAGUGAGAGCUUAUUCUAAAAACGCAGGUUUAUUUUGUUGCAGUCCUUUUGUCAUUGCAUGAGCAGAGUAUCUUGAAAGCCAGUGUUUAUCUGAAAUUGAAUUUUAUGUUCUGCUAGACCUCUUCUGGACUUGGCCACGUCACACAGCCACCCCUGAGCCAGGAUAGGAUCUGGAGUUAGUUACUGGUGUCACUGGUCAGAACUGCAAUGCGCAGCCAGCUUUUAGGUCACUGGUAAGCUAGCGCCUCUUUAUUGCUGCACUUGAUAAUGUAACACGUGCUUUAGAAGCCACGGUCCUUCGGUGAGCUUCGCCCACCGCCGUGGAUUGUGCCUGGGCUCCCCCGGGGCGGCGGGAGCAUGGGCAGGAGCGGCGCAGGGGUUGCCCCCGCCUGAGCCAGCCUGGUGCUUGAGCAGGACAGUUUUGGGAAGUACUGUGGGCCACAGCUGGGUGGUUAGUGAGUGCUUUUAUUCGAAAGCAGAAUAGGCUCAUACUGAGGCAUUUUGGCGUAAACUGUUUCCCAGGAAAUUUAAGAUGAUUUACAGAAAGGCGAGAGGGUGAAGCACAUGGUAGCAGCUUGUAGUAUUUUUAAAAGCAUGUUCUUCUCUUUGAGCUUAAUCAUAAGCACUUAAUAUUUUGGGAAGGAUCUACCAAAAUUUGAUGUUUUGAUUUCCAUACGAUCACUUGACCAUUUAUGUUUGGUUUAAUAAUGGAUUCCCAAAAAAGUCUUUCUGUCUUUAGGAAAUUCAAUGAGCGUUCAGGACUUAGUAUUGCUUGUUCACGGGGCUCUAAGCUGAAGGUUUUGCCAUCAGAUGGAGCCUGGGGAUAAGUUCUUCCCCGGUACGAACAUCAGAGGUUUACAGCAGUGUAUUGGUUUACUUGUGAGCAAAGGGCAUUGAAGUCCAGCAUUGUUAGCAAAAGGAAGUAAGGAACGAAGAGUUGCUUUUUUCUUCCUUUUUUUUUUUUUUUUUUUUUUUUUUUUUUUCAUAUUGAUGCUUCUGGUCAUUGUAAACACCACUGGAGCUUGGUGUUCUGCAGCAGGAAAGAAGAAUAAAUUUCUCUCUUACCCAAAAUCAGGAAGAUCUGAUUUUGGCCUUGUGAUAAACUCUGGCAUUUUGGCAGCGAUUGUUGUUUUGCUUGAAUACAGAGCCCUGAGAAAUUUUAGAUUGUAACCAUUGCAAAAGAAAUAAGAAGCAGCAUCCACAUGCGAACAGGGUCUGCGUGAAUCUCUGAAAAACAGCGUCAUUUGUGAGGCAGGUGCUGAGCUCUGCUGAUGAGGUUUUUGUGACACCUUCUAAUUCUCGUUCACUGCGCACGCUGUAAUCCACUGGCUCCAGAUGUUACAAAAUGGUUGUGUUGUGGAAAUUAGUAAUAUCGGAGUGCUUGAAGCACAGAAAUCAAGAACUAAUUAAAAAGAGAGCAUCAUCAGCCAUCUGCUAUUUAUCUCCUCCUUCCUAAGUCAGCAGUCAAGCUGGAGGAGGCACUGAAGUCUGCUCCUCUUCCAGCAGCUAAUGAACUGGAGUGUGUCUUGCCAAACAAACUUCAGCUGAAAAAUACUAAUUUAUUAAGAAGGUAAUUUAUUUGCUGUGGCAGCUGGAGCAAGAUGCUCGAAACAGACACCCCUCCUGGAGCUGUCGGAGGAUCGCCCCUGGGAGCAGCUGCACAAAUGGAGGUUGCUAAUAAGAAAACGGAACGCAAUCAUGACGUUCUACUUGUAUCCCCCAGGGUCAGAUUCUGCAUAAAGCAACGUUGUGUGAAUAAAGAUUUUAAUAAAGCAACA